AUGCAACUGGAAAGCAAUACAAGCUCCAUUCACAGAAUCAAAGAGUUGGAGGAGUAUCUCCGCCUCGUUGCCCAAACAACUUUUGGUUGUCCUGUUUCUAUUAAACACGAUAACACCAACAGAAACAACGGCAACACGCAUCUAAUAGACUUUGUCACAAAUAAAAAAGAUACAGACUCUCUAUUUUUGAUCAAAGAACAACAACAACAACAACAACAACAACAACAACAACAACAACAACAGGAGGAAGAAGACACUUGCGAUGUUUACGUAUACGGAAACUCUAAUACAUUAAAGCGCCGAUUGCCCAGUACAGCUCAUGUUUUGGUAAUUACAAGACCAACUCCAUUUGUAAAAGAUGCCACACUUGCGGAGCAAUUGAACAUCAUUAAUCUUCCAUUGCACCACAAUAAUAAAAACACACUGAACCAAGAAACAUUUCAAAAUGCUAUUAAACAGGGACUAAUUCCAUACUUGGACAUUAUAGCAGAAAAUGAUGGAGACGCAAAAGGAGAAGGAGAACAAAAAGUAGAAGUAGAAGCUCAAAGAGAAACAAGAAGAGAGUCAGGUAUUGUACGCAAGAAAUUUGAAGAGUUCAUUUCCGUCCUACAUCGGUCUGAUACAGAAAUCCUGGUUCCCAACUUACUACACACAACACAUUACAAAGUGCAAGACGUUAUUGAUCAAAAGACUACAUUGGAAUCUGUGAUGGAGGACACAAUAUUCCUCAAUGAAUUAACCUCAAUCACCAACGUUUGGGUAAAACAAAUUCAAACCAUCACACACUCUAAUCAUACACCCCUUGAUGGAAAUUCAUUAGCAGAUGAAGUGCUUUUUUGGACACAAAUGGAGCAGGCUCUAUUGUCGUUAACUAAACAAAUUCAAUCCCCACAGGUCAAGACCACUUUGGAAAUCUUAAGCAGGGCACGACGAUACCACGUAACAAUAAGUUUUGAAAAUAACACCGGAAUCAACGAAAUGAUCACCAAGACCAAUAUUGUUAACUCCUUUUUGCGCGAGCUCCCCAUCCAAGAGCUUCAGAAUUUGAAUCGUGACUCCCUGAUGGAAAGAUUUCAAAAAACAUUGGGUAAAAUAUUUUUGCAUGUCAAACUGAAAUUGUAUUUGCUUCCUCUGGAUAGAGCAAGAGAUACCGUUUAUAUGUUGCUCAAAGAAUCUAUUUACAAGAUGCGUGAAUUAAUGGUGAAAACCCCAUACAUGUCAAUGUCAAUGCCAGAACUUGAAUCCUCGAUCAAAUCAUGUUAUACUGUGCUAAACUUUAUCGAAGUUAAUAUCAAGACUUUAUCCAAUUUACUCCGAGAAUUGGCUAGAAAGACAAAGGACAAGAGUAGUUUUAGUGCACUUGAUCAAAAGGAUUUAGAUCAACUUCGAGAAAAAUUAGACGACAUAAUGAAUGUUAAGAGAAAUCAUAAUGAACUCUUGGAGAAUAUAGCAAUUCUCAAGCUGAAGAAAACUGGAGCGACCAAUAUAGACGUUGCAUUGACUGAUUUAUUAAUCAAUGCAUAUAACAAGUACUUGCUAUCUGCAAUACCUAUUCACCCUACAAAAGAAGUUGAAAAUCUUUGGGUUGUUAAUAAACGAGCAUACAAUCAAGUUUAUAGACUGGUUUAUGAAACUUGGUUAUCCCAGUUGAGCUUUUAUUUUUCUAGAGCAAAGUCAUUUAAAGAUUAUUUGAAAAUUCUUUGGAAGUUUAUCCGCAAAGACCCCGUACCGAAAUUAGCCCUUCAGUUGAGUGACGAAAACAAAUUAGCUAUACUAGAUGCUGCUUAUGGAGAGUUGAGACUUUUACAAACAAAGUGCCGGAAAUGCCAUAGUCGGAAACAUGUUAGCUUAAAAGAAAAAUUGGCUUUACAAAGUAUUAAAGCAAAAGUUGAGUUUUACAAAGUGAAUUUGCAGCUAGUUUUUGGAGAUGCUUGGCCUCAGUAUACCAUUGGUCAACGAGUCAAGACUGUUUGUGAAAAUAUUGAGGCACUAUUGGUAUCCGACUUGGCCAUGUUGAACAAUUUUUCUGCAAACAAAAUUGAAGAACUGGACGACAAAAACGGAGAGGAAGAAGAAGAAACAAAAGAAGAAGAAACAAAAGAGGAAGGAAGUGUUUCAAAUAAGAUAUCUCGCUUGGGAUUUAGCUCAACGGGAAAUAUCGAGAAAACUUACUUUUCUCUACUCUCAUCAAAUAUCAGAAAGCUCAAGGAAUCCCAAACUUUGUCUUCUUGGUCUCAAGUGGGCAUUAUAUUGCCUUUUACGAAGCCACUUGCAUCGACUAAUGCUGAGUCUAGAUCGUUGUCAAUCUUUACCGAAGUACUUGACCAGCUCCACAUUGUCAAAAUGAUCUAUGCAAAGAUUAAUAAAGACAAUUAUGGCAAUGUGUUUUUUUCUCAAGCCAAACAAUACCUAGAAUACUUGACUAGAUUUCUUGAAGCGUUUUUUAAAGCAGAUUUGAAUGACUUUAGCAAAUUGGCCAAAAUUUUCCCACUAGCUACCAAGGAUGAAUUUAGUAUCCCAAUCUCCAGUCGCGAAACUGAUAUUUACGCAAACUUUUUAAAGACACUAGAUAAUGCAAAACUGUUACUCACUGAGAUUACAGCGCUAAGUAAUUUUUUUGCUUUUUUUGACCAGAAUUUACAUAAUCUUAGGAAAUCAAAAUAUGAUUAUGAAGAAAUCUCCACUUGUAUAAAAAACAUUCAAGACACAAUUGGUGAUACAGUAUUUGGUUCUGAUGAGUUGGCCAAGACAACAUAUCAAAUAUGUAACAAGUGUCUCGGAAAAAAUCUAAGCUUUCUAUUCCAGCAGCAACUUCAAAUGUUUGAACAAUCCUUUUUCAACCAAACUAAAGUACCCACCAAAGCUUUACAAUCCCAACUGUUUUUUCAGCCAGUUUAUCAUACAUUGUAUAUUGAAGAAGGUAAAUUAGCUUUAAACCCUACUAUAAACAAGGGAAAAAAUCAAUGUUUUGCAAAUGUGGAAAGUUUGAUGCAAGUUAUAUUGAAACAAAAAAUGCUUCAUCAAAAUAGUGCUAGACCUCAAAACUUUGAUUCACGAAUAUUUUUGGAAAUUAAACCACUUUUGAAUAAAGUUUAUGCAAACAUUGAACAAUUAUACCAAGAAGGAGAAACUUAUAUCAACAAUUGGUGUACAUUAGAACGCCUUUGUGCUAUUGAUGUUGGUGAUGAAAAUGAAAAAGCUUUAAUUUUUCAACAAGAUGAGGAUAUUACUAGCUGGUUUGAAACAUUGAAGGAAAUAUACCAACGUGAAACCAUUUUCGAUGAAGCCGAGCUGGAAAAACACUUCAAGGGGCUUUUCACUAUAUCUUUCAGAGCCCUUACUAAUAGAUUUGCAACAUCAUACUUAUAUUUCGAAAAGGGUACAGUCAGGUGGUUUGUCGAUCGACUAGAAGUAGAGCUUAAAACAUUGUGCACAAAAUUGGUAGAGGCAAAACAAAUUUUGCAACAGCCAAUUAGAAUUGAAUCUGGUGCCAAAACUGUAAUUCUUUCAGUUGAAAAAUUUUUGAACUGCACUAGCGAAUUGGAAUUAUGGAUGGAUAAUGUCUUGUGCUUCAAGAACAUACAAAUAUUUUUAGUCAAACAUAAUUUCAAGUUCCCUAGUUCUGGCUGGACGUAUGUCGAGCAAUUACAGAGUCAGAUACUGGAAGUGAAAGCUCUUUGCGAAAAGAAAAACUUAUUCUUUGUUGAUAAGAACAUUUUGCUCAAGGAUUUGGUAAAGAUGGAAUUCCAAGCGUUGUGGAAUUCAGCCAAGGACUUAGAAAUCAAAUGGGCUAACGAAAAACCUUCAUCUGAAAGUUCAACUCCGCAAGAUGCUAUAAGAAAUAUUAAAGCAUUUUUGAAGAAAACAAAUGAGCUUCAAAACUAUCUGGGAAUCUUGUGCAAGAUAAACCUGAACUUUGAGAUGAGAUUGGAUACAAAAGUACCCGAGUUUCAAAAUAUAUUGUCCGAGAUUGAGCGGCUCGAUAGUAUAUGGUCGUCUUUGAGUAUUUUAUGGGAGGAAUUGUUGGCUAUAAAGAUGUGGCCAUGGAAAAACGUUGAAUUUCGAACGUUGCGGAACAAGCUAGUUGCAUUACUGAAAUCCGCAGGCGAGUGGUCACUCGCAAUAAGGCAAUACUCUGCUGCAAAAAAAUUACAAUCAGAAAUAGAUUUCUUUUUAAAAGCGCAGCCCAAAUUAUCAGAAUUAUCGUCAAGUGUGAUGCGGGAACGCCACUGGCGCAAACUUCUUUCUCAGAUGGGUUUGAAGUUUGUCUAUGAUAAUUUGACUGUUGGCGAUUUGUGGCAAUUGAGUCUUCGGCUGAAUAGUCAAUUUAUUGAUGAUGUCCUUGAACAAGCGCGUCAAGAAAGCAUUAUUGAGGAAAGUUUGAAAGAAAUGAUUGAAUCAUGGCGUGAUUGCUCUUUUGAAUUAUUCAAUUACGAAAACAAAUAUAGAUUGAUAAAGAAUUGGGGACCACUUCUUGAAAAACUUGAAGUAAAUUCAUCUACAAUUAAUGCAAUGAAGAAAUCAGAACACUCAUUCGUAUUUGCAAAGGAGAUAGAGCAAUUGGAGGGUAAAAUAGCAUCCUUGUACGAGUUGUUCAACAUCUGGGUUGAUGUCCAGCAGGAAUGGGUAGAUCUCGAGGGUGUUUUUGGUAAUAAGCAUGGCGAUAUACGGAUUUUAUUACCAACAGAGUCUGCAAAAUUUGAAACCCUAACAUCUGAUCUUUUCUUGUUACUAAAGAGGCUUUAUAAAGUGGAUGAAUUAUUUGAUAUCAUUUCAGUCCCUGAUGUUUGCAAAACGAUGCGCAGAUUCUCACAAGUUUUAAAUCGGUUGCAAACUUCUCUUGUAGAGUACUUGAACCAACAAAGAGAAUUGUUCCCAAGAUUGUAUUUUAUAGGAGACGAUGAUUUAUUGGAAAUGAUUGGUGCAUCAAACAACCCGACUAAACUAGGUAAGCAUAUGAAGAAAUUAUUCAUGGGUGUUGAGAGGCUUUUAUUCGAACCUGAGCUGAAUACGAUAACAGGCGUUGUUGGAGAAGGAGAGGAAGUUUUGAAAUUUGCUAAAGGUAUAUCUUUUUUGGAGUAUCCACUUCUACACGAGUGGAUUUCUGUACUUGAGCGGGAAAUGCAGCUCACUUUGGCCCGUCUUGUUUCUGAAAAUGUAAUACUGUGGAAAAACUAUUUUGAAACUUUAGAUGAAGCUAACAUGACAAAGAUAAUUCAAGUUCUUCCAGGACAAGUUCUCCUUCUUUUAACUCAAAUUGUGAUUACCGCGACCAUUGAAGAUUCAAAUGCUCCAGCUUUUGGUAACGUUGCACAAGUUUUGAAAUAUGUGGAAAACUUUUUGCUGCUCCUUAUUCAAACUUUAAAAAGACAUUCAGAUGUACUAAUGCAAAGAAAAGUAAAGAAUUUGAUUAUAGAGAUUUUACAUCAAAAGAAUGUGCUUUCAGCAAUACUCUCGGCAGAUUCUGUCCUGAGUCGCAAAACAACCUGGAUUCUUCAUCAAAGGUACUAUUUUACUCGUACCACGUCUGAUCCAACUAAUUGCUUAAUUGUAAAGCAAGCAUAUUCUGAGUUCAAAUAUGGUUUUGAGUACAUUGGAAAUCCGGAAAAACUUGCAUAUACACCAUUGAUUAAUGAAUGUUUUAUCACCAUGUCGCAGGCAUUGUCGAUGCAUCAAGGAGGCGCGCCUUUUGGUCCUGCUGGAACUGGUAAAACGGAGAGUAUCAAAGCGCUUGGUCAAAAUUUAGGAAAAAUGGUUGUGGUAUUUUGUUGCGAUGAGAGCUAUGAUUAUGCUUCUAUUAGUAGAAUCUUGAUAGGUAUAAGCCAAGUAGGGGCAUGGGCAUGUUUUGAUGAGUUUAAUAGAUUGGAAGAGCAUACACUAAGUGCUGUUUCUUCAUUGGUUGGAUUGAUAGAAAACGGAUUAAAUGGUGAUGUAAAUCGAUUACAGAUUUUGGAUAAGACAUUCAAAUUAAAUCCCGAAACAGGCUUGUUUGUUACCAUGAACCCAGGGUAUGCAAAUCGGUCUACGUUACCAGAAAAUUUGAAGAAGCAAUUUCGAAGCUUUUCGAUGCAAAGUCCUGAUUCUUUAGUUAUAGCCGAGGUUUUGCUUGCUUCACAAACAUUUGAGUUUGCAAAAGAUUUAGCCGGUACGGUAGUUGCAGCAUUUACCGAAUUGGAAAAACAAGCUACAAAACAAGUGCACUAUGAUUUUGGUUUGAGAGCUAUAAAAGCCACGAUCCGUAGAUGUGGCGAGGUGUUAAGGACGAAGAUGCAGGCAAACGAAGAGGCAAAAACGAAUUUUGGUGGAGAAGUAAGAACCAGUGAAAAUGAAUAUGGCAAUCAAGAAGAAAUUGAAAAAGAAAAAACAAAAACAAAAACAAAAACAAAAACAAAAUACAAGGAAGAACAAAGAAACGGUUACAUUGCUUGUACAAAAAAUGAAGAAUUACAAAUAAUCUUGUCGAGUUUGGAAGAUUCAAUUUUACCAAAACUUGUUAGGCUGGAUAGGUCCGUCUACUUCAAAAUUAUAAAAGAUUUAUUCUCCGGUAUUGAACUGCCAUCAAAAGUUGAGGAUAAGUUGACGACGAAAUUGACAAAAGAGUGUAUUCUACGUGGUUUCAUCCCCAACAACGACUUUGUAGAGAAAGCCAUACACUUGUGCAAAACUUUGGAAUAUCACAAGGGUGUUAUGAUGGUUGGUGAGUCUGGCUCUGGGAAAUCUACAAUUUUCGAAGUUGUUGUCCAUGCCCUCUCAUCAAUGAACGGUUUGGAACCUCAGGUGGUGACAGUAAAUCCAAAAGUUAUGUCAAAAACACAAUUGUAUGGUAAUUAUGAUAAACUUACCAAACUCUGGAGUGAUGGUCUUUUGACAAACUUGUUACGGAAGGUUAAUGAUAAUCUCCGUGGUGAGUCGCAAAAACAAUUUUGGAUAGUUUUUGAUGGUGAUGUUGAUCCUAUAUGGGCUGAAAACCUAAACAGUUUGUUAGAUGAUAACCAAACACUAACGAUACCGAAUGGUGAGCGUAUACAUUUACCCUCCAAUGUCAAAAUAAUUUUUGAAACAAGAAGCUUGAGAAAUGCUACUCCCGCAACUAUUAGUAGAUGUGGUAUUGUCUGGUUUGACAAGGAUAUAGUCGGAGUAAAUGACUUAACUUUAAGGCUUGUUACAAAAUUGAGACAUGAGCAGUUUCACAAAUUUACUUCUACACAAAGGGCAUCCGGCAACUCAAAUGAGGAUUUACAAACUGUGCAUCUUGAGCAAAUUCUUGAUCCCACUUUACUUAAAGAAUUUGAUCUGGUUGCCCAAGAGAUUGAGCAUGUGAUGACUUAUACUUUUCAACGAUCUAUCAAUACGGUUUUUGCUUUACUUAAAAGUUUUCUCAAAAAGAUUUCUAUACUACCAGCGCACGAGAUAUCGUCAAUCGACAUGAAUGAAUUCAUCAAGUGUGCAAUAUUUGUUGCGCUUAUGUGGUCAUUUACCGGGGACAGUAACUUGGAUGGCAAGAAGAGAUUUGAAACUUGUUUAAAAAAAUCUCCUGUAUUCUCAACCUUACAACUACCACCAGAUCUUACGUUCAAUUAUGAAUUAACUCAUGCAAAACAAAGAUGGAUAAGCCUUGGGGAUAAGCUUGGGCCACCAUUGAAUCUUCAGCCGGAUGAUAUCAACGAUCCCAAUUUAGUCAUACCCACAGAGGACACAGUUAAACACGAGAGUUUAUUGCAUUCCCUUCUUGUCACACACACACCUUUGCUUUUAUGUGGUCCACCGGGAGCAGGUAAAACCAUGACCCUUUUAAAAGCUAUAGCAAAAGCACCACACCUUACAAUUUUGUCAUUGAAUUUUUCAAAGGAAACAACUGCACAAUCGUUGAUUGCUUCUUUAGAAAACGCUUGUACUUAUAAGACAAUAAACGGUCAAAAACAUCUUUUGCCAAAACUUGAAAACAAAUGGUUGGUAGUCUUUUGUGAUGAGAUCAAUCUUCCUCGUCGGGAUCAAUUUGGUACACAAAAAGUUACUUCUUUGUUGACUUUAAUGAUUGAAAAGCGAGGCUUUUGGCACCCAAGGGAUUAUCUGUGGGUAAGCCUCGAGAAAAUUCAAUUUGUUGGUGCAUGUAACCCACCAACAGAUGCUGGAAGAUAUGAUUUAGAUGUACAAUUUUUGCGCCAUGUAUGUUUGAUCAUGGUUGAUCAUCCUACAAAAGGUCCAAUGACAAGAAUUUACGAGACAAUGCACAAUGCAAUCUUGAAGUUGUGCCCCUCAUUAAGGGUUCAUUCUUCUCAGUUGACUUCUGCUUCUAUUGAAAUUUAUGAAGCCUCAAAAGCCCAUUUUGCUAGUAAAGUGGGGCCAGAGCAUGUUUACUCUCCGCGUGAACUAACAAGGUGGUGCAGAGGCAUUUUACAUGCACUAAAAAGAGGCAGAUACCUACAAUUACCUGAAUUGAUGCGUUUGUGGUAUCACGAAGGUCUCAGGCUUUUCUUUGAUAGACUUGCCGAUGAGGAGCAAAGAAAAUGGGUAAUUAAGCUUUUCCGAGAGGUAUCACAUCGUCAUUUCCCAGUUAUUGACUUUGAUAAGUGUUACAAAGAACCAGUUUUGUUUAGUGACUGGUUAAGUCGUGAAUACCAAUCAGUGGAAGAAGCUGAACUUACCAAGUUUGUAUUAGAACGCUUAAGAGUUUACAACGAGGAGGAAACUGACAUCCAGCUUGUCUUACAUUCGACGCUCUUGGAUCACAUUCUCCGAAUUGAUCGGGUUCUUAAACAACCUCAAGGCCACUUGAUUUUAGUAGGACCUCAUGCGAGUGGAAAACGAGCAAUAUCAAAGUUUGCGGCAUGGAUCAAUGGGUUAACCGUUGAGCAGUUAUCUGUAAGACGUGGUUUUACUUUGGAUAAUUUUGAUGAUUUUUUGAGGAAAAUUUUACUUCGAUGCCUUGAAGGUGAAAAACUUUGUGUGUUAAUUGACGAGGCUAGUGUAGUAGAAGCUAGUUUUAUUGAAAGAAUGAACACAUUGUUAGCGAAUGCAGAAAUACCUGGGCUAUUUGAGGGCGAAGACAAAACGAUACUCAUGAAUAGGUGCUUUGAAAAAACGCUGGCAUUGGGAUUAUCAUUGGAAACAGAUGCUGAAUUGUACAAAUGGUUUUCAUCGCAAUUGUCUCAAAAUUUACACAUUGUAUUCCUUGUUCCAGACUCGACAGAUAGUACAAAUCUGAUUGUCAUUUCCUCGCCGGCAUUGUUGAAUAGGUGUGUGUUGAAUUGGAUGGGUGAUUGGAGUAUUGAUGCCUAUUAUUCAGUUGGAAAUGCACUACUUGAGGGUGUUAGUAGUCUCUAUGAUUACAGUGAUAUAAACUCCACAAGAAUCGAUGGGAGCAAAGAGAACCCUAACAAAUCCUUAAAGAGUUUGGUAUUGAAUGUUUUGAUAGAAAUACAUCGUGGGUUUUCAACAAUAACUUCUGCCAUUAAUUCCCUCUUUCCGAUAACCAAGCAAGUUUAUCCCGGCCAAUUUGUUAAAUUUGUUGAAACUUUUGCACAAUUGUGUAUCCAGAAACUGUCAGAGUUGGAUGAUAGGAAUAGGCAUUUGAUUCUUGGUUAUCAAAAAAUAAAAGAGACUGUUUCGCAAGUAGCCAAACUAAAAAAGGAUUUAGUUGAAAAGGAGAAACAAUUACUGCAAAAAAAUUCCGAGGCAAGAAAAAUGUUGGAUAAAAUGCUUGUCGACCAAAAUGAAGCAGAAAGAAAGCAAGAAUUAUCCGUCGAUAUUCAGGCUGAGCUUGAGAAGCAGGAAUUGGAGAUUAACUCGAGGAAAGCUAUAGCUGAGAAAGAGCUUAAGCUUGCAGAACCUGCGAUCCUUCAUGCCCAGAGAGGAGUACAGGAUAUUAAAAAGCAACAUCUUACAGAAAUACGAAGUAUGGCAAACCCUCCUCACGCAGUAAAGUUGACUAUGGAAGCUGUAUGUAUCCUACUUGGAUAUAAUGUUUCCACUUGGAGAGACGUUCAAUUGGCUGUUAGAAGUGAAGACUUUAUCCCCAAUAUAGUCAACUUUGAUUGCGAAGAAGUGGUUACGAACGAGCUUCAAGAGUAUAUGGAAGUGCAUUACUUGGCCCGUGACGAUUUUACAUUUGAAGCUGUACAUAGAGCAAGUAAAGCGUGUGGACCUUUGCUUAAUUGGGUCCGUGCUCAAUUGGCGUAUUCAAAAGUGUUGUCUGAUGUUGAACCUUUGCGUGAAGAAGCUGCAAUAUUGGAACAAAGAUCAAUCAAGAGUAAAGCACAGUUGAUUGCCAUAAGGCAAAUGAUUGAAGAAUUGGAGACCAAAAUUGAGGAGUACAAGGGAAACUAUAGUGACAUUAUUCGUGAGGUUGAGAUGAUCAAAAUAGAAUCUGCUUCUGUAGAAGAAAAGAUUACAAGAAGUACACUUUUGAUAGAGAGUUUGCAUUUAGAGCUAACGCGCUGGAAAGAUUCCAUCGAUCUGUUUGCAAAGGAAAGCGAUGAGAUUCACGGGAAUGCUGUUUUGGCUGCUGCCUUUGUUUCCUAUGCUGGUCCAUUGGAUGAAAAAGGGCGAAAUAAAGUGCUCAAGGUCUGGAAAGAAAAGCUUAGUCAUGCCGGUAUCAAAUGUGAUGAGAAUUUGAUAAUAUCAGAGUAUUUGGUUGGAGUUUCGACAUUAGAAAAUCAUUUGCAAAAUGGAUUGACAGAUGAUGAGCUAAACAAGGCCAACUUUGCACUACUUGAGAAAGCUAUUUUGCCAAUCAUUAUUGAUCCGAGCGGAACUGCUGCAGACGUGUUCAUUAGCUCAUUAGAAAUUCUGAUUAAGCGUACAAAGUUUAUGAGUAAUAGUUUUUUUAAUGAUUUGGAAAACGCGCUACGAUUUGGACUUACGUUAUUGAUCGAGGAUUGUGAGUAUUAUGACCCAAUAGUUGAUCAGGUUAUUAGAAAAGAGACAAAACGAAGAGGUGGUAGAGUGUUGGUACGUGUUGGAGAUGAUUGGAUUGAUUUGCACUCGAAAUUUCGCCUUGUCUUAAUGACAAAGCGUACCCAGGUGAAUUUACCAAACUUUAUUUUUGCAAGAGCUGGUUUGGUCAACUAUUCAAUCACAUCUGGUAAUCUUGAGAACCGUGCUAUAGAUCUCGCCUUGACAAAGAGGAGUCCUGAACUUGCUGUUCAACGUACUGAGUUAUUAUUUGCCAAGGGUAAAUACCAAGUUCAACUACUGAAACUAGAAGAUUCACUUUUGGAACUAUUGUCACUGACAUCAACUGGUAUCCUCGAAAAUGACAAGGUACUUGGCCAUUUGGAACGUCUUAAAAAAGAGUCUUUAAGCUUAUCCGAGAAACUUGGCAAAGCCGAUGAAAUCAUGUUUGAAAUUCUGCAUGUGAGGUCCAGAUUUGAAACAAUAGCUGAGGUUUCCGUUACCAUUUUUCAGUGUCUUGCACAGCUAAAGAACAUUUCAAGCUUUUAUGAAAUAACUAGUCAUGAUUUUUUCCUUGCUUUUGAAGAAACCAUGUCAACCACUUUUUCGUUUGAACAAGAGAAAGAGGUUGAAACUUAUUUUGAGCGUGCUUUUUGUUCGCAAUUGUAUAACAAUUUUUCACCCUCACUUGCAUUCAAAGAUAAAUUUGUAUGCUCAUUGUUGAUGACCAUCGUCGUGAAAUGCCGCCAGUAUGGUGUAUCUUUUGAACAAUUGCUGACUUACUUAUCAUUACAAGCCUCCAAUGAUACCUUGGUUUUGAUGGAUCCGAAAAUAAUUGAUCUUGAAACAAACUCUGAACUCAAAAAAGAUGUUUUGAGAGUAUUUGAAGGUCAUAUCGCAAACCUUCAAUUGUCUAAACUCGAUAUUUUCCUGCCUAUUUCUAAAUGGACAUCUGAGUUGAGACCAUUUGGUGAAUCAUACGAGUCAGAAUGGACUUUGGAGAAAUGGGUGCAUGACAAAUUAUGCCAUUUGUUCAUAAUGACAACUAGCAACGACUUUGAUGCUACAUACAAAAUCCUUGACCUAGCAGAAAACGAACAGGAAGUCGAUUGCACGGUGAUUUCUAUGGGGUCGUCUGAGAGUUCUAUUUUGGCCACAGCAAAGUUGAAAGAGAUUUCAAGUACAGGUAAAUGGCUCAUUAUUCAGAAUGUUCACAUGUUCCCAAGUUGGUUACUUGAAUUGGAGAAUUUUUUGAAUCACACAAACAUGCCUCAGAGCUCAAAAAUAUUUUUAACUUGCGAUCAACAGUCAAAUAUUCCAGAUACGUUGAUCAGAUUGGGAAAAGUGUAUUAUUUUGAAAAUGAUGGCGAUUUCAGGCGAUCAUUUAUGGAUACUUUCAAAAUGGUACCGUCAUCUGUGUUGGAAACUAGUCAAAUGCACAGACAUGUCUUUUUGCUACUAACAUGGUUUCACCGCAUGAUUAUGGAGAUACUAGAAUAUUGUCCCUUUGUUUUCAAGAAAAGGUAUGAUAUAAAUGAAUCUGAUUUUCAAGCAUCUGUGAAUAUUUUUACUGUAUUCCUUGGUCACUUUGGCGAAUUGGAUGACAAUAUAUGGGAAUUGAUUAGAUUUUCACUUAUCAAUAAUAUUUACGGUGCCAAAGUUGAAGAUGUUGAGGACAAAUCCCAAAUAGCCAAACUAGUUCAAAGAUUAUUCAUUGCCGAAUCAUUAGAUUCUGAUUUCCAAUUGGUGUCAAGUGUUAAUGACAGUAAAGACGAUGAUAAUGUUAAUGAUACCACUAACAAUAAUGAUUACGCCAGUCAGACUAUCACCAUGUGGACCGCAACUUCUUCAACAGAGGAUUGUUUUGAAUGGAUUCGAAAUUUACCCGAGAGCAUACCGCUCUCCUGGCUCGAGCUACAAGAAGAUUUGAAAAAUGUCAAAAGAGAUGCAAUCGCAAAAGAAGCUUUAAAUUCAAUUUGUAACUUUGAAAAUAUAUAA